AUAAGUCAACAAACAGUACCAAAACGUGAUGUGACAUUCCCCUCAGACAGUGUUGAAGCUGUACAACCAUUGUUAUAUAAAAGACGUAAAUUAGCACGUUCUGAAGUUGCACCAGUUGAAGCAUGGCGUAUUAUGAUGGCAUUACGUUCUGGUUUACUUGCUGAAAGUUGUUGGGCACUUGAUGUACUAAAUAUAUUGCUAUUUGAUGAUAGUUCGGUGAGCUACUUUGGUUUAACUCAUUUACCUGGUCUCUUGGAUGUACUUCUUGAGCAUUUUUCACGUUCAUUAUCUGAUAUGUUUGAAUCAUCUGUAUCAGAUGAUGAUCGUUGUAGUUGGAAUAAAAAAACAGAUAGUCCAGAUGUUGAUCUUGGUGCAGUAUCACGACCAAUUGAUUCAGAUGAUCGUACAAAGUUACUUACUACCUCUAACUAUACAUUUUUAUCACGUCGUGGUAGACCAGUUAAAAUAGUACCACGUGAUGAUGAUAUAUUUGUACUUGAUAAUAGAAGACCUUGGGAUCAUAUUGAUACUGAUCCAGAAUGUGAACCAUGGCAAGUUGAUCCAAAUGAUACAAAAUAUAUUAUAACAUGUUUUCAAUCGGAAAUUGGUAUAACACCAUUUGCACGUCAUUUACGAGAUGAAAAACCACCAUUAUUACAAAAAGAAGUUGAACAUACAAAUGAUAUUAAAGAUGAAAAUGGAAAGUCUGAUGUACUACCAGUAUUAACAACUGAUGUACAAAAUAAAUUGAAUGAUAAAUGUGAAAAACUUAAAGAAAAUGGUGAUAAUAAAAAUCAACAACAACAACAACCACAACCUCAAUCUCAACCUCAGCCUCAACCUCAACAACAACAACAGCAACAACAACAUUUUAAUUUUCAUCAUCCUCAUCAUCAUCCUAAUCAACAACAACAACAACAACAAAAACAACCUCAAAAACAUCAAUAUGAAAAAAAGAAAAAAACAAAAACAUUGAGUGAUGUAUUAUCUCGAAUAAAAAAAGAACCAGUAGAAAUGAAUGAUCUGACACGUGAAUUAUUUGAAAAGAAAAAUGAUACUGGUACAAAACGUGAUGGUGAAAUAAUAAAUAAACCAAAUAAUAAUAUGGGUGAACAUAUUAUUGAUUUUACAAAACAAGAUAAUGAUAAUAAUUAUCCAACACACAAUGGUUUAAGUGAUACAACAAGUACUAUAGUAGAUAAAAAUAAUAAACGUGAUAUUAAAAUUGAAGAAAAUGAUAAUAAUAAUGAUGAUACAUCAUCAUCAACGACAACAGCAACAACAACGACAAAAUCAACUGAAGAUAAAUUAAAAACAAAUAAUGAAAAUAAUGAUAUUGCUGCUGCUGCUGCUGCUGAUGAUGAUGAUGGUGAUGAUGAUAAUAAUAAUAUAAAUAAUGAUGAUGAUGAUAAUACAGAUAAUAUAAAUAAUAAAAAAGAGGGACCAAGAUUAAAAAUAAAAGAUCCAUCAGGUACAUUAAAAAGAAAACGUAUUAAUGAUUAUGAAGAUGAAAGUUAUUCACGUGAUGAAGCAAGUCUUCAUUUAAUAACUGAAAGUCAAGAUAGUUUAGCACGACGUUGUGUUUGUUUAUCAACAAUAUUACGUAAUUUAACAUUUAUACCUGGUAAUGAAAUUGAAUUUGCUAAAAAUGUAACAUUUUUAAGUUUACUUGGUAAGCUAUUAUUAUUACAUCAUGAUCAUCCAAUAAGAACUCAAAAAACACGUAAUUAUGAUCGUGAAGAAGAUGCUGAUUUUGCUGAUUCAUGUAGUAGUUUACAAGGUGAAAAUGAAUGGUGGUGGGAUUUUCUAUAUCAUAUACGUGAAAAUAUACUUGUUAUGGCAUCAAAUAUUGCUGGUUAUACAGAUUUAUCACAACAUCCUGAAGAAAUAUCACGUCCAGUACUUGAUGGUUUAUUACAUUGGGCAGUAUGUCCAGCAGCACAUGGACAAGAUCCAUUUCCAACUGUAAAUAUUAGUAGUUCAUUAUCACCACAACGUCUUGCACUUGAGGCAUUAUGUAAAUUAUGUGUUACUGAAAGUAAUGUUGAUCUUGUUGUUGCAACACCACCAUAUUCACGUUUACAACGUCUUUGUUCUGUAUUAACACGUUUAUUAUGCCGUAGUGAAGAACAAGUAUUACGUGAAUUUGGUGUUAAUUUAUUACACUUUUUAUCAGCAGCUGAUAGUGGUGUUGCACGUACAAUUGCAUUACAAACACCAUGUGUUGCAUUAUUAGUUGCAUUUAUUGAACAAGCUGAAACAUCAGCAAUUGGUGUUGCAAAUCAACAUGGUCUUGCUGCAUUAAGAGAUAAUCCAGAAUCAAUGGGUACUAGUCUUGAUAUGCUUAGACGUGCUGCUGGUACAUUAUUAAAUUUAUCAAGACAUCCAGAUAAUAGAACAUUAUUAUUACAACAUGAAUCACGUUUAUUAGCACUUGUUAUGAGUCAAAUACUUGAUCAACAAGUUGCUGCUAUUGUUGCACGUGUAUUAUUUCAAUGUUCGAGGGGUACGUAACUCAUCAAAUCAUCAUCAUUUUUAUAAAUAAAAUUCACUUUGUUUGUUUUUUUAUUUUCUUUUUAUAUCAUUAUUUUAUAAAAAGAAAUAUAACAACAAGUUUCUAUAUUUAACAUGAUGAUUGAUUGAUGGUGUUGUGGGGUUAAAAGUAAAAACAAAAAAAUAUA